UGCUAGUGCGAUUAUUAUAGUAUUUAGUAGAGUUUGAUGUGGGAAUUUCUGAGUUUUGUGCUUUAAAUUUCAAUUUUGGGUUUGAAGUUUGAACAGUGAUGCGGUUGCAGUGAUGGUUCCGAAUACAAUGCCACUUUUCCUCAUUUUUACGUUUCCAUUCAUCAUAUCCUAACAUCGAUUUUAUUCUUCAUUCCUUUUUUUCACAAACCCCAGAUAUUGAGUUGAGUUUUUCCGGAUAUGGGUUCGUUUUUCAGUGUUGCGAAUACCAAUUCUGAUCAAAGUGAGGGAGAUGGCGUCUCUUCAAAUGAGACAUGUAAGAGGCAAAGAAUGACGGCUACCUUCUAUGAAGAGAAUCCGAGACUAUUCCCUAAUCUACCUGAUGAGGUUUCGAUUCAGAUUAUUGCUAGACUUCCUCGAAUUUGUUACUUCAAUUUAAGGUCGGUGUCGAGGAAGUGGAAGUCGGUUAUCGUGAGUUCAGAAUUAUAUAAAGUAAGGAAAGAACUAGGGACGACUGAAGAGUGGCUAUAUCUGUUGAUUAAGGUAGGCGAAAAUAAGCUUCAGUGGCACGCGGUAGAUCCUCGUUCUCAGAUAUGGCAGAGACUGCCUACUAUGCCUAAUGUUGUCGAUGAAGAUGAAUCUAGGAAGGGUUCUUCUAGGCUUUGGAUGUGGAACAUUGUGGAAGGUAUCAGAAUUGCUGAAGUUAUUAGAGGCUUUCUUGGACGGAAGGAUGCAUUUGAUGAAAUGCCCUUUUGUGGUUGUGCUAUUGGAGCUGUUGGUGGAUGUCUCUAUGUUCUAGGUGGAUUCUCUAAAGCUUCGACUAUGAGAUGUGUCUGGCGAUUUGAUCCAAUACAAAAUACAUGGAGCAAGGUGAGUUCUAUGUUGACAGGUCGGGCAUACUGUAAGACAGGGAUCUUAAAUAACAAGCUUUAUGUUGUUGGAGGGGUUAGUCAAGGUCCAGCUGGAUUAGUACCUCUUCAAUCUGCUGAAGUUUUCGAUCCGUCUACAGGUAUAUGGUCAGAUGUUCCUAGUAUGCCAUUCUCGAGAGCUCAGGUCCUUCCCAAUGCUUUCUUGGCCGACAUGUUAAAGCCAAUUGCGACGGGGUUGACAUCAUACAAUGGAAGGUUAUGUGUUCCACAAAGUUUGUAUUCAUGGCCCUUUUUUGUUGAUGUUGGAGGAGAAAUCUAUGAUCCUGAAACAAACUCGUGGAUAGAAAUGCCAAUUGGAAUGGGCGAGGGUUGGCCCGCACGGCAGGCGGGUACGAAAUUAAGCGUCGUAGUGGAUGGUGAAUUAUAUGCUUUUGAUCCUUCUAAUACUAUGGACAAUGGAAGGAUCAAGGUAUAUGAUCAAGGGGAAGAUGCUUGGAAAGUUGUUAUUGGAAAAGUCCCUAUAUAUGGUUCUGAUGAUUCAGAAUCUCCUUAUCUACUUGCUGGUUUCCAUGGAAAGCUUCAUGUCAUCACAAAAGAUGCCAAUCGUAAUAUCGCUGUUCUGCAGGCCGAACUGCGCAAUAAUUUGGAUUCAUCGGUACCAUCACCCUCAAAUCCGUCGCAAAGUUCAUUGCAUGAACUUGUGGAGCCAGCGGCGGCGGCUGAAUCAGAUGCUGUUGUUUGGAAGAUAGUUGCCAGUAGGUGUUUGGGACAUGUUGAACUAGUUAGUUGCCAAGUAAUUGAUAUGUAGCUGCAAAUAAUAAAUGUGUCAGUCAAUGUUUGAAGGUGUUGGUUUGUUGAAAAUGACUACAUGAGUUAGUAGCCUCCUUGGACUGAAUUCAUUUGGAUUUUGUGUAAGGUGUCGGCAAAGGGAAGGGUACUGCUGUUAUAGUUUGUUUGUACUUAUAUUGAUAUUUUUACAGGGUAAAUAAAGUCCUAUAGAAACUGUCAGUUUGGACACUGACAUUCUAGAAUAAUAUCAGAGAAAGGAAUCGAUAGUAUCAUUUUGUCAUACUAGAUAUAUACAUACAUUAAAUAACGUAGGUAACAAGGUGAAUAUGGUAUUUAUAUUGUAGUAUGAAAAUCACUUAGUAGAUGGGGUCAACUAUAUUCAUCUCUCCCGUACAUAUAAGACAGACUCUUUUACCUGGUUCACAGAAUAAAUUUGUCAAUAA